CCCGGACUCCGGCGUCCAACCUGCUGCCCCGCUGCCCGGCCGAGCGCAGCGGACGCAGCGCGCAGAGCACACGGCCGAGCACUCGCUCGCGCUCCAGCUCCCGCCGUCGCGGUGCGUGACCGACUCGUCCUGCCGCAGCCGCCACCCGCCGCCGCCCGCUGCCCGCUGCGGCCGCGAAGGCCCCUGAGCAGAGCCCGGCCGCGAGGCAGGCGCGCUGUGCACCCUGCUCCGCCCGCCCGCCCGCGCCCCCGCCCGGCCCGCACCAUGCUCCCUGUGCUCGGCGCCCGCCUGCUCACGCCCCACUUGCUGCUCGUGUUGGUGCAGCUGCCCUCGGCUCUCGGCCACCGCACCACGGGCCCCAGGUUUCUCAUAAGUGACCGGGACCCUCAGUGCAAUCUCCACUGCUCCAGGACUCAGCCCAAACCCCUGUGUGCCUCCGAUGGCAGGUCCUAUGAGUCCACGUGUGAGUACCAGCAGGCCAAGUGCCGAGACGCUAGCCUGAGUGUGGUCCAUCGAGGUCGAUGCAAAGAUGCUGGCCAGAGCAAGUGUCGCCUGGAGCGGGCCCAAGCCCUGGAGCAGGCCAAGAGGCCUCAGGAAGCAGUGUUUGUCCCGGAGUGUGGUGAGGAUGGUUCCUUUACCCAGGUGCAGUGCCAUACCUACACGGGGUAUUGCUGGUGUGUCACCCCAGAUGGGAAGCCUAUCAGUGGUUCUUCUGUGCAGAACAAAACUCCUGUAUGUUCAGGUUCAGUCACUGACAAGCCCUCGAGCCAGGUUAACUCAGGAAAGAAAGUCUCUUUUCGCUUCUUUUUAACCCUCAAUUCAGAUGAUGGAUCGAAACCAACCCCCACGAUGGAGACCCAGCCAGUGUUCGAAGGAGACGAAAUCACAGCGCCUACCCUAUGGAUUAAGCACUUGGUAAUUAAGGACUCCAAACUGAACAACACAAAUGUAAGAAAUUCAGAGAAAGUGCACUCGUGUGACCAGGAAAGGCAGAACGCCCUGGAGGAGGCCCGGCAGAAUCCACGCGAGGGCAUCGUCAUCCCCGAGUGUGCCCCUGGAGGGCUCUACAAGCCAGUGCAGUGCCACCAGUCCACCGGCUACUGCUGGUGUGUGCUGGUGGACACGGGGCGCCCUCUGCCUGGGACCUCCACACGCUAUGUGAUGCCCAGCUGCGAGAGUGAUGCCAGGGCCAAAAGCACAGAGGCCGAAGACCCCUUCAAGGACAGGGAGCUGCCAGGCUGUCCGGAAGGGAAAAAGAUGGAGUUCAUCACCAGCCUACUGGAUGCGCUCACCACGGACAUGGUUCAAGCCAUUAACUCAGCAGCGCCCACUGGAGGUGGGAGGUUCUCCGAGCCAGACCCGAGCCACACCCUGGAGGAGCGUGUAGUGCACUGGUACUUCAGCCAGCUGGACAGCAACAGCAGCAAUGACAUCAACAAGCGGGAAAUGAAGCCCUUCAAGCGCUAUGUGAAGAAGAAAGCCAAGCCCAAGAAAUGUGCCCGACGUUUCACUGACUAUUGUGAUCUGAACAAGGACAAGGUCAUCUCCCUACCUGAGCUGAAGGGCUGCCUGGGGGUCAGCAAAGAAGGUGGUAGCCUUGGCAGCUUCCCCCAGGGAAAACGAGCAGGCACAAACCCAUUCAUAGGACGUCUCGUCUAAGGAGCAGAAAAUCAAAGGGCAAUAGAAAGUCCCCGGAGAUGGAUGGACCACCAGACACCUAGCCACAGCCCAUGUAACAUAAGUGGUGCCCACCGUGUUUGCACUUUUAAUAACUCUUCUUCGUG